AUGUCUACAUUAGAAGAUAAAUUAUUAAAUGGUCCAACAAUUACCUAUUGUAGUUCUUCAGAGGAUGAAGAUGUAGAGGUGAUUUGUAAUAAUGAUGAUACAAAUUGUGGAAUAUCAGCUUCAAAUUAUGGAUUGUCUAAGAAUACAGGACCAAAAGGAGUAAAACAAGAUUAUUAUGAACAUUUACAACUUAAAAAAGAAGAAGAAAAAAUUAAGAGAGAUUUACUUGUUGUAGAGGCAAAAAAAUUUAAUUUAACAUCUUCACAAAAUAAUGAAGAAAGUGAUUCAGAGGAUGAACUUGAAAGACUUAGAAAUAAAAGAUUAAAUCAAUUAAAACAAAAAAAGUUUAAUUCUCUUAAAACACUGGAACAUUCUGGUGAAUAUUUAACUGCCAUUGAAAAUUCUCGAAACUGCCUAACAUUCAUACAUAUAUAUAAAAAAAAUUGUGAUAAUUGUGAAGAUGUUGAUUCAGCUUUAGCAAGUCUUUCCAUUCAAUAUCCUAAUCAUAAAUAUUUUCGUAUUGAAUCUUAUCUUUUACCAACUUCAGAUAAAUUUAGGCAAAAUGCUUGUCCAGCUUUACAAGUUUAUUAUAAUGAAAGUUUAGUUGGAAAUUUUAUAAGAUUUGAUAAUUAUUUUAAUGAUGAUAUUAUACCAGAAAAAGUUGUUUUAUUUUUAAAACAACAUGAUAUUUUGUUAACCAGUAGUAUUGAAGCUGAUGAGGAAUAUUAA